UCAAGGCACCACACUCCAAAUACCACGGUGCAAGUCUACCACGUUAUGGAAGCCAGAGUUGGACAGCCAUCGGUUUUUGUCGUGGAUGCACCUCAGAGGGAUGUCCCCUUCGUGCCACCAGUGCCAAAAGGCCAAAAGAAAUGGCGGCAUGCCCAGCUGCUCCUGUGGGUCUUCAUGCUGCUGAUGUUGGCCGGCUUGGCCAUCCAAGGCUAUUUCCUGCUCUCUUUCCGAAAGGAACUGGCCAAAGCAACGGCACAGGAAGAAGCUGAAGCACCAAACUUUGAGAAACUUGUCCAAGGCCAAAGACCUCCCACAAAAAAACCAGCUGCUCAUCUGACACUAGGUGUCUUGGCAGAUACAGCCAGAAACGGAGCCCUAUUGUGGGAGGACCAUAAGGGACUUGCUUUUAUCCAGGGCAUGAACUACAAGGAUGGCUCCCUGAUCUGCAACAAGUCUGGAUACUACUACAUCUACUCAAAGCUCUUCUUGGGGAAUUCAAGUUGCCUAACCACCCACCAGAUGGUCACCCAUGGUGUUUACAAGAGGACUCCUCGGUAUCUGAAAGAGAUACCACUGUUGACCAACACAAUACUGUCUUGCAACUUGAAGAACAACAGAGAGUGGAGACACAACAGCUUCCUUGCCGGGAUGGUUCAUCUAGAGGAAAAUGAGGAAGUAUUCAUCAAGGUGUCGCAGAGAAAGCUGGUGCGGGUCGGGGAAGAUACAAUAUCGUAUUUUGGCACUUACAUGAUCUGAAAGAGAUCAGAACUGAGGCAGACAAUGAAUUCUGUGGAACAAAUGAGAACAGCUUCUUCCUUAUACUGUUAUGAUGGCCAUAGACUCAAUCCUGCUCUGAUAGCUUAAUCCUUUUUCAAAUACAGUAAAGGAGAGGAGAGGUUCUUGCUACAGAACCAGGGUGGGAGACUUCUUUGCAGUGGGAGAGAAGCCUGUUCACAGGGGCAGAGAUAUAUGUUUGUUUUUAUGGUUGGAUAGGAGCACACUGAUUGAAGUAGAUAUUUCAAAUAAUAAUAAUAAAUUAUUAGAAAGGGACAAGGGACUGCUCUGGAAGUAUGGGCAUCUAGCUCUGAAUUUUUUCUAUCUUCUUCAAAAGCUACCCAAGAGUUUAUGUGAAUGUGUUGUCUUGGUUUCAUAUAUUGUAAAA